GGUGGACAGUGAACGCAUCAUUACCACAGACGGCCGCAGAGGAGCAGGAGGGAGAACCCGAUCCUCCGCAGAAACAACACGAAAACACUCGUUUCUCCGUUUUAUUUCCUCCAUCUUUCCUCGGAGGAAACUUCCUGUUCGAACCGGGCGGAGCAGGAAACAGCCGCCGGAGCAGGAGGGCGACUUCUCCUGGUUUCAUGGCCGAGGAGGAGCGACGUGCGUCCGCGGAGAGAAGUGGAAACAUGUCGCUGCGUGUGGAGGAUUAAACGAAGGAGGAAUAUUUUUUUUAUUUGAAAAAGAAUCGAAGUUACUCAGCUGAACGUCAGAGGAGGAGGAAGAGGAGGAAGAGGAGGAGGAGAGAAGUUCCCAGUCCGCCCUCCUGCUCGGAGUGAACCAGGCCCGCGGAGACAAAAGGCUGUCUUCUGCUUGGACGUCUGUCCGUCUCUGUUUUUGUCUCUCAUAAGUCGUUUCUGUAGCCGCCAUCAUUCCGUGCUGCAAGGCCGACAUGUCUUCCAACGGAGACCUCAGCGACCUGGGGAGCUCUGACAGCUUCUGGGAGCCGGGGAACUACAAGAGGACGGUGAAGAGAAUCGACGACGGCCACCGGCUGUGUAACGAGCUGGUCAGCUGCUUCCAGGAGAGAGCGAAGAUCGAGAAGAGUUACGCUCUGCAGCUGAGCGACUGGGCCAAGAGGUGGAGGGGCGUCGUGGAGAAAGGGCCUCAGUAUGGCACGCUGGAGAAGGCGUGGCACGCCUUCAUGCAGGCGGCCGAUCGGCUCAGCGAGCUGCACCUGGACCUGCGGCAGCGGCUGGCGGCCGAGGACAGCGAGAAGGUGCGCGACUGGCAGAAGGACGCCUUCCACAAGCAGAUGAUGGGAGGCUUCAGGGAAACAAAAGACGCAGACGACGGCUUCCGCAAAGCCCAGAAGCCCUGGGUCCGCAAACUGAAAGAGGUGGACUCCAGUAAGAAGAGCUACCAUCAGGCCAGGAAGGAGGAGUGGACGGCGUCGACCAGGGAAACACACGCCAAGGCCGACCCGACCAAGUCUCAGGAGGAAGUCCGCAAAUACACGACCCGGGUGGAGCGCUGCAACCAGGAGGCCGAGAAAGUGAAGGAGCGCUACCAGAAGGCCCUGGAGGAGCUGAACCGCUGUAACCCUCGAUACAUGGAGGACAUGGAGCAGGUGUUCGACCUCACCCAGGAGGCCGAGCGCAGGAGGCUGCGUUUCUUUAAAGACGUCCUGCUGGACACCCACACUCACCUGGACCUGUCCUCCAGAGAAGGGUUCAAAGUUCUGUACCAGGACCUGGGUCAAACCAUCCGAGGAGCCAACGACACCGAGGACCUCAGAUGGUGGAGGAACACACACGGACCGGGCAUGAGCAUGAACUGGCCUCAGUUUGAGGAGUGGUCUCCGGAGGCGAGUCGCUCCAUCAGCAGGAAGGAGCGAGGAGGACACUCCGAGGAGAACGUGGUCACUCUCACCAACAUCGUCUCUUCAGGCAGAGACGACGUCCCACCGAGUCCCAUCACACUGGACACCAGCAGGACGAAAGAGUAUUCAUCCGACUGGUCGGACGAGGAGAUUCCCAAGAAGGCGCUGGCGGUGAACGGCGUGGGGGAGGACGAGGACGAGGACGAGGAGGAGGAGGAGGAGGAGGAGCAGGUAGAGGGGGUGCGAGUCCGAGCGCUCUAUGAUUACAUUGGCCAGGAGGCCGAUGAGCUCAGCUUUAAAGCAGGCGAGGAGCUGCUGAAGCUGGGUGAGGAGGACGAGCAGGGCUGGUGUAAGGGACAGCUGAGCGGCGGCCGGGUCGGCCUCUACCCCGCCAACUACGUCCAGGCCGCCGCGUCCUGAUGGCCCGCCCCCUCCCGCCUAUCAGCCAAUGGUACAACUACACUCAAGAUGCCAGGAUCAAUGGGAAGCUGUUAGUGCUGACACGUAGACACGCCCCCUCUGUGGUUACUGACUGUAAAACACUUACUUUCUGUUAUUUGAGCUUUUGAAGAUCGGACGGUUUCUCGACGUCGACGACAUCGUUUGAAAGAAGAGUUUUGGUCAAAGAGAAAUUUCGGGAAACAACGAACCCGACGACGGACUUGAGAGAAACGUGGAUUUCAUCGAUAUCUGACGGGUUCUGGUUUCUCGCUGCCAUCGUUUAUUAAUCGGUCAGAAAAAAACAUAUUUAACAACGUCAAACCAAACACAAAAGAAACGGCUUCAGGAAAUCAACUUCUUCACUCUCUUCUUGAAUCACAACUCGUUCAAGUCUAAAGACUUUGAGCCUCAUUCUUUCCAAAGGGAUUCGAACCUGAACACCAGCUUCUCAAAGGCUUAGAAUAAGUUACACAUUAAUUCUGGUUUAUUUAAUCUGAACGAAAACUGACAUAUAAAGAUUAAACUUGAUUUGAAAGCCAGAACCAGGCUAAUGGUUUCCAGUGCAGACUGAAAAUAAAGAUGGACGACGCGUCUCCACUUCCUCCUGCUCUCCAGACGUGAAGCUAAAACAACCAGGAUAUUAACGCUCGUCACGUGACAUCAAGAUGCACACAAUCGACCAAUCACGAGUCAGCCCCAGUUGUCGAUCGUGACGUUGGAGCCCCGGAAGGCUCACGGCCAGAAUCCGUUUUGAGGAUUUCCUUUUUGUUACCUCGCGAUAGUUUCCCGUUCCCAUCAUGCAACAUUGUCACUUCCUUACAGGUGCACACGCGUCUGUGUCCCUGCUGUCGUCCUGACAACAGGUUCUGAAUGAAUCCAUCAACAUGAUCACUGAACUUCACGCUAUAUAUUUCAGUAUAUAACCACGUCUACUGAGCAGUAGUACUUUUCAAUACACUGAUCUGUACUGCGGGUUGGAACUGGGGGUGUCGACACCUGACCCAGUAAGUAAGACAAAAGUUCUGAAGUAUUAUUCAGGUUUGGGUCGUGUCACUUUGUCUGAACUGACUCAAAACAUCUGAGUAAAAAUGUAUUCAUCUACUUUGAUUUUUUUUUAGUUUGUCCCAUCUGCUAACAUGGAGGAGGCUUGGUUUACGACCAGCCACCAGGGGGCGAUCGAGACAUUUUGGCUUUACUUUUGGGGAGCCGCCAUGUCGUCCAUCUUUAUUUACAGUCAAUGGUUUAAUGCCAACUUUGGUAUUUUCCGCGUUAAUCGACUCGUCAAGAAAAAGUGAAACAAACUUUUUGCGAAGUUAAAAGCAAACAAACAUUUUCCGUAGAUUUUCAAAUCUGUCUUUAAAGUUUCUUGGACCCAGGAUCUACACAGAAGAACUUUCAUCGCCUCCUCUUCUUCGUCACUUCUCCCUCGUCUCUUCUUCCUCGUCUCCUCCGCGCGGCCGUGAUGUGGCGGCUUGAAUCGACAAAGAAAAGACUCAGUGCCUCAGUCGACGAGACUAAGAAAUGUGCGGCGCCACCCUGCUGUCCGACCGAGGAAUUACAGCCGUCUGCUGGUCACCUCCGGUCUGAUCCCAGUAGAAACCAGUAGAAACCAGUUGAUCUCCUGUUUCCUGGUCCUUGUGCUGGCAGCACCUGAUCCUUUCUCCGUUAUAACAGUUUGCUUUGGUUAUUUUAUAGAUUUAUUAUUCUGGUGUUACACUGAAUUCACUUUCUUUCCUCUUUUUUUUUUUGAUCACUUCUUAUCGUCGUAGCUGUUUGAUCUCAAAUCAAAGGAUUUUUACAGUCGAUCUAUUGACUUUCUAAUUUCUUCUUCCUUUUUAAUUUAGCCUCCGGGGGGGGGGGCAGUGGUUUUUGUUGUUUUUUCCGUGCUGGGAUCGUGAAGCACAAACUCGGACGUCUGAAACAAGUGAAAGUGUUGUCUGGUUUUGCAUGUUUGUGUGUGUGUGGGAGCGCCCCCUGUCCGCUGGUCUGAGUACUGCUAAGUUAACCCGUGUAGACGUCUGAAUAACAAGAGAUAUAAUAGAGAAUUUAAUGCUGCUGCUCCUUUUGAUGCUUUUUUUUUUCUUUCCAGAAUCUUGUACAGUUUAUAAAGUGGGAAGCAACAAUAAAUAACUUUCUGCACCUGGACGACUUUCACACUGUUUUCAUUCAGUAAUUAUUAAUGUGUUAAAACGCUCGAGUCUCUGGACGCGACCUAUUUUAUGCUCCAGUGGUUCUGAACAUAAGAUUUCCACUUUGUUAAAGAUGGACACCAUUUAUAAAUAGUAUAAAAAGCUGACAUUAAAGGUUUGCACGCAUAAAUAAAGGGUUUUAAUAAAUUUAGGACAGAAAUAACCCAGUCACUGUCAACUGGCUUCAGGAAGCUUAUGAUAAGUUGAGAAAAUUGGAAACACAAUCUGCAUUUUAAAUCCUUUUUUUUUUUUUGGGGGACAUUUUCACUUUUCACUGCCUCUUGUUUUCUUUGACUUGUUUUUAGUCUUUGUUAGUUUGUGGAACAGAGAGAAACCGAAGAUCUCAAGAAAAGAAAAGUCUCUGAGGAUGAACCUCAUUGUGAAUUGUGUUCUGCUAAAUAUAAAAAGUGAUAAACUGGUGCGUUACGCCCACAUUUGUUUUCAGUUGAGGUUCGUUUGUUUUCUACCCUGAAGUUAUGUUUUCAUCCGUGUGUGAUUGUAUGUCUGAAAACUUCCAAACUGAUUUCUGCCGAACUCGGCCAUUAAACGUUGGUGCAUA